GCGGUUGCUAAACAAUUGUCUGAAGCCUACGAAUACAGCUUCUAUUUUACUUGUGCCUGGUUGCAGGAUCGUCUGUGUGAACAGCUGUUGACAGCUGUUGAUCAUGAUACCUUUAUUACUUCCAAGUAUUGACCAUCACGAAACAUUUUCACAAUGUGCCCGUCAAUCAACCCUUCGGAUAGUCUCUCGUUUUGUAUAGUGUACGCAUUUAAUGAAGAACCUAUACAAGUUAUCCUUUUAAUUCCUUUACACUUGUCACUUCGGCUCAGCUGCGAUGGCAGCGCGUGUACUGACGCACUGGCAGACACAUGUGACAUGGAUAAAAGAAAGUGACGAAUGAAAACAAACUGCAUUGUAUAAAACUGUCCGUUAUAUUUUUUAAUAGAGAAUAAGAAAUCAAUUAAUAAUGGAAGCAGAAAUAAAACCAACUAUUCUAAAAAAAUACAUAAUUCUUUGUGAAACUCAUGCAGAAACAGUGAAGGUGGUCAGUUAUGGAAUUGCUAGUAUUAGUUUAGUUAUUGCACUGUACCGAAUAAGGCCUUUUUCUAAAUUUAGAAGUCCGUCCAGUAUACCAUCUCAUUUUUUGCGUAACAAAAUUCCACUUCAAGGUACUGUAAUGCGUAUAGAACCCAGCUGUGGUACACUUUUAAUGGUUGAUCACAAACCAUUAAUACCAUUGCCACGAUUAAAUAAUUCAAAGUACUUACCCGUUAAACUUGCUGGACUAAAUAUAACAGCUAAUGGUAUUAGUUGGUUACAAACAAUUGUUAACACAAAAAAUAUAAAUUUAAUACCCUUGAUUCCUACAAAAGAAUACUUGAACUGUAUAGUUACUAUGUCAGAUCAAAAUCAGGAACAAAUGAGGAUUGGGGAAGAAUUAGUGAAACUUGGUUUUGCUACAGUAGAAAAAAAUUCAUUGACAUCAUUGUUAAAGGAUAAAGAAAUUUUAUAUUAUCAGAAACGUUUAUUAAAGGCACAGAAAUGGGCUGAAAGGAAAAGAAAUGGAUAUUGGCAAUUCUCUAAACAUCCAACGCUUUUAUGGAAAAUUCAACAGAGUUUGAUUCAAAAAGUGGAAAAUGUAUUGCCAAAGUUUAUAGUAAAACAAUUUUAUAUUUAAAGAAGCUUUCGCUAAUCAUGUUACUGUGGCUUAAUAGAGAGAAACCAGUAUAUAUUUUUAUAAAAAAUUAAGUACUUACUCUUAGUACUAUCAGCAAAAUGCAAUGCUGUGAAAUACAUACUUAAAGCUUUUGAAAAUUUGAAUAUUUGUGAAAGUAAAAAAACAUUAUUUAAAAAAAAUGGGUUUUAUUGUUAUACCAUUUAUACAACCUUUUGUCAAGUUUUAUAUAAAGUUAAGAAUAUCAUUCUAUAUCACUGUGAAAAAAAUUAAUUUCCAUAUAAUAUAAUUUUAUUUACCCCAAGAGAAAGCAUUAAUUAGUACGAAUUUUAUAUUAAUUAGAAACUAUAUAUUUACAUAUAUAUACAUAUAACCAUAUGUAUGUAUAUGUUAAACAUGCCUUGAAUAGAAA